UUCUGGUACAAGAUUCCGUGUUGAACAGUUCACAGUUUCGCGAACUCCCCACUUUCACUUAAUUGAGACGCAGCUAUGGAACUUCAGCUGGCAUUCCGUUUUUUAUUUCUUACAUCGAUAGAUCUCUUUUCAUUGAAAGUGUUCGCGAACGUGAAAAAUAUAGAGUACAAACGCACAUUCGGUAACGACAAUUAUAAUGAUAUAAUUUGUGGCGCAGAAAAAAGUGAAAAUAUAUUUGUGGCAGUGAAAAUUUCUCAAGAUAGUAACGGACAGUGUCAAGCUUUAGAACGUGACUGGCUACUCAACAAACAAUACGACAGCGGAUAUGACUACAUCGAGAAGGAAAAAGUAGUGGAAAUCUUCAAUCCGCCGCAAGAGAUCGACUUUGUUGAAAUAGAUCCUACUGACACUUACAAAUGGAUACUUCCGUCUUCAUUUGACGUCGGUGCCAGUUUGACACUGUAUGUCACAAUUCCAAUUCAACCCUUUGAUCAAAUUAAAAUGAACAUCGUUGAUACCAUCAAAGAGAACCUCGACAUCACUGAUUCUGAUCCGGAAAUCGUGUUGCACCAUUUGGUGUUUCGUCAUAAUAACGCACAUGUAAACUAUUUCAAGAAUGAAUGGGGGACUGCUGGUUCUUCCGUGACACCACAACCAAUAACGAAUGGAAAGACUCACGCCAUAACGUUUGAAGCACAUGCAGAUUUUAUCAGGACUGUCAUUGAUGGAACUCCAACCUUGACAUUGGAACACGCGGUUCCACCAAAAUCAGCCGCAAUACUGGAAAUAAGAAUGACGGGAUCAUCACCAUUAUAUAUUCACAACAUCACCAUGAAUGGUGUUGUAUAAAUGAUCUUCAUCCCAGUAGUCACAUCUUUAAGAAGACAAUAGUCGACAAUUUCAUUUAUUGUGUGCACACUUUCUUUUUUAAACACUUUUUACGGUGUGGCUAAUCAUGUGUUGACAACAACACGUGGGUUUCCAUGCUCCUGUUAAGAGGGAGAAAAAUCUUUUGAGAAUAAAACUUCACUAGACUACAACAAAUGGAAAACCCGUGUAAAGUAUGCAUUCUAAAAUCCUUUCAUAGCAAGAUUCAGAAUUAAUAAACUCAACUUUCAUAUUGUUGAUUUUUUUUUUGUACGAAACAAACUAACAAGUAACAUCAGAAUCCCAGUUUUAAUAACGUCUAUAAUUUGAUAACUAAAACAACAUACGAGAUAACUGCUAGAGUAUUUGAUGGUGCCCGACAACGGAGCCAUCACAACUGAAGUGAUGCCGUUAAGUCUACAAUUUGAACAGCUCUUGAAAACAUACGAUUUUCAAUCAGGCUUUGGCGCAAAGACAAUGGCUGAAGAUGCUGAGUGUGGGAAUCGUCAAAGAUUUAAGAAAUUAUAUAUCCAAACGUGUAAUGGUAUCGUUGUCUGGAGCUAAGAUGUGCAAGAAUUAUAUUAGAAACAUAGUGACUUUCUCUUCGUUGUGUAGGUGUGUAGGUCUAUGGAAAGCAAACUAGGAUGCUAUAUAACUAAUUUUAAAAACAAAAAAAUGUCAAAAUUUAAAAUUCUGAAUUCAUUCUGCGAUUUUUAGUUUUAUGUUGGGUUUUGUGAUAUAUUCUGUGUGUGUGCAUAUGUGCGUGUGUGCGUGCGCGCGCGUAUGUGUGUGUGUGUGUGUGUGUGUGUGUGUGUGUGUGUGUGUUUCGGAUAAAAGGAUUUAGUUUUGUUUGAAUAACCUUUUAUCCAAUGACAUAAAUGAAGUACGCUUUGUUGCUUAUCUCUAAAUGUGUAAACCCUUAUUAUGCUGGACAGGAUUGAUUCUGCCUUUGCGACCAGUGUACAUCAUGACCAGCCUGCACAUCCAUGCAGUCUGAUCAAGAUCUAAACUGUUCGCUAUUCAGUCAGUAUCGUUUUGGUAAUCACCCUUUCCAACAGUUAAUGGUACUGUCCAAAUUGAAAGAUGGACAAGUUCAUUAUAGAAAUUUAGCGGGGUAAGAGUUAACCUUUCUACAAGGAAGUUUUCUCCUGCAAUUAAUAUUUCCUUUCUAAUUUGUUUUAUCAAAAUUAUCUUGUGUUUCCAUUUACUACAAUCAGUGUAACAUCUAAGAAUUGUCAUUGUACCUGAUCGGACCACUGUUGAUAUCUUCAUGAUCAUGAUCAGCCUGAACAUCCGUGCAGUUUGAUCAAGAUGUGCACUGUUCGUUAUUCAGUCUGUAUCUUUUUGGUAUGCACCCCUUUAAAGAGCUAAUGGUACUGUCCAAAUUGAAAGACGGACAAGAUCAUUAUAGAAAUUUAGCAUUGUAAGACUCAGUUUGUUUUGUUAUAGUGUUGGAGUUGAUUAGCAAUGAUAAGUACUUUGUUUACGUGGUCAGCCACUUAAUGUUUAACUACUUAAGGAAUCUGAGUAACAGCAAAAUGAUUCAUCUUAAUUACUUUAUUUAUGUCAGUACCAGUCAUUUCUUACAAAAUUAUGCAGAAGCGAUAGAUUAUAUAGCUGUUAUUUAUGUUUUUUGUGUGCUUAUAUUGAAUGUUUUUAUUGUCGUGUUAAAAUGUUGUAAACAUGUUAUUGCGACGCAGAGAAGGGUAUAAAUACUAAGCGAAAACUCUCGAGCUCGAGUUGGUUAAAGAGUAUGGAAUUUUCGGGUUUGAAGAAUAAAUUACUGAAGAGUAUGGCGUGGAACAAAAUCGUUUAAGAAGCUGGUGUAUUUAUACCUGGAUCGAGUUUUAGUAUAGUUCAUGUUGUAAAUAAACAUCUGUUU